AUGUCUUCUGUCAGAUUUCCCUACUCGAAAGCGCAGUUGCGCACGAUUAAGGAGAUUCAGUUCGGUCUCCUCUCGCCAGAAGAGAUCAAGCGGAUGAGCGUGUGUCAUGUCGAGUAUCCUGAGACUAUGGAUGAUCAACGACAACGACCACGUGAAAAGGGCCUUAAUGACCCCCGUCUCGGUACCAUCGACCGUAACUGGCGAUGUGCAACUUGCGAAGAAGGCAUCAAUGACUGCCCGGGUCACUUCGGCCAUAUUGAACUAUCUACGCCGGUGUUUCAUAUUGGUUUUUUGACUAAAAUUAAGAAGCUGUUGGAAACUGUCUGCCACAAUUGUGGAAAGAUAAAAGCCAAUGCGUCUGAUCAGAAAUAUCUGGACGCCCUUCGUUUCCGCGAUCCGAAGAAACGUUUCGAUGCUAUUUGGCGAUUAUCGAAGGAUAUUCUUAUUUGUGAAGCUGACCCACCUGAAGAGGAUGACCCUUUUGCGAAAGAGAGCUCAAAACCUGUCCAGGGCCACGGUGGUUGCGGGAACGUUCAACCCCAGGUCCGAAAGGAGGGAAUUACAUUAAUGGGUACAUGGAAACCAAGCAAGAUGCGUGACAUGAUGGAUGAUAACGAGAUUCAACAACCUGAAAAGAAGCAGAUUACUCCCCAGAUGGCCUUAACGAUUUUUAGGAACAUCUCGGAGGAAGAUGUUCGUUUGAUGGGACUGAGUAAUGAUUACGCCCGGCCUGAAUGGAUGAUCAUAACCGUGUUACCUGUUCCACCCCCGCCUGUUCGACCUAGUGUUUUAGUUGGAGGCAGUGGUACUGGUCAACGUGGUGAGGAUGAUUUAACGUACAAACUUGCGGAAAUUAUCCGCGCGAAUCAAAACGUUACCAGGUGUGAACAGGAAGGUUCCCCGGAGCAUGUGGUUCGUGAAUUUGAGUCUUUGCUGCAAUACCAUGUUGCAACAUACAUGGACAAUGAUAUUGCUGGAAUUCCCCAAGCAAUGCAGAAAUCAAACCGUCCCGUGAAGGCCAUUCGUGGGAGAUUAAAGGGUAAAGAGGGCCGUCUCCGACAAAACUUGAUGGGAAAGCGUGUCGACUUUUCGGCCCGUACUGUUAUUACUGGUGACCCAAAUCUCUCACUUGAUGAGGUCGGUGUUCCGAUCAGUAUCGCGCAGACUCUAACCUACCCUGAAGUUGUCACACCUUACAACAUUCAUCGGCUGGGCCAACUUGUCGAUAAUGGUCCAGAUGUCCAUCCAGGUGCACGUUAUGUCAUUCGUAGCUCUGGAGAACGCAUUGACCUUCGGCAUCAUAAAGGUGGUGGAGGUCGAAACUUCCUACAAUGGGGCUGGAAGGUAGAACGUCAUCUCAUGGAUGGCGACUUUAUUCUUUUUAACCGUCAGCCCUCCCUUCACAAGGAAUCUAUGAUGAGCCAUCGCGUUCGUGUUAUGCCAUACUCUACCUUCCGGCUGAAUUUGUCUGUCACGACACCAUACAAUGCUGAUUUCGACGGUGACGAGAUGAACUUGCAUGUUCCUCAAAGCGAGGAGGCUCGAGCUGAGCUUAACCAACUUUGCCUGGUUCCUUUGAACAUUGUGUCCCCACAGAGAAACGGGCCCCUCAUGGGUAUUGUGCAGGAUACUCUUUGUGGAAUCUAUAAGAUCUGCCGACGAGACGUGUUCCUAACUAAAGAGCAGGUUAUGAACAUUCUUCUGUGGGUCCCUGAUUGGGAUGGUGUUCUUCCCCAACCUGCAAUUCUCAAACCUCGCCCAAGAUGGAGUGGGAAACAGAUGAUUAGUAUGGUUCUUCCUCCUGGUCUAAAUCUUCUCCGAAUCGACAAGGAUAAGUCGCCUAUUUCAGAGAAAUUUUCUCCCCUCGCUGACGGAGGAGUCUUGGUCCACGGUGGCGAACUAAUGUACGGAAUGUUCUCCAAGAAAACUGUCGGUGCUUCAGGCGGUGGUGUUGUUCACACUAUAUUCAACGAAUAUGGGCCUGAAGUUGCUAUGAGCUUUUUCAAUGGAGCCCAGACUGUUGUAAACUACUGGCUCCUUCAUAACGGUUUCAGUAUAGGGAUUGGUGAUACAAUUCCGGACCUUGCAACCAUCCAAAAGAUCGAAAACGCAGUACGUGUUAGGAAAGAAGAGGUCGACACCAUCACUGCCAGUGCUACGGAGAACACUCUAGAGGCUCUUCCCGGUAUGAAUGUCCGAGAGACCUUCGAGAGCAAGGUAUCCCGUGCCCUGAACAAUGCUCGUGAUGAGGCUGGUACUGCAACAGAAAAGAGUCUGAAAGACUCGAACAAUGCAGUUCAAAUGGCUCGAUCUGGUUCUAAGGGUUCUACCAUUAACAUUUCCCAGAUGACAGCUGUUGUUGGACAACAGUCAGUAGAAGGAAAACGUAUCCCUUUUGGAUUCAAAUAUCGGACAUUGCCUCAUUUUACCAAAGAUGACUAUUCUCCAGAAUCCCGUGGGUUUGUUGAAAACUCGUAUCUCCGUGGGUUAACUCCUACUGAAUUCUUCUUCCACGCCAUGGCCGGUCGUGAGGGUUUGAUUGAUACUGCUGUCAAAACCGCCGAAACUGGUUAUAUCCAGAGAAAGCUUGUUAAGGCAUUGGAAGAAGUCAUGGUUAAAUACGAUGGAACAGUUCGCAACUCCUUAGGCGAUAUCGUACAAUUCCUUUAUGGGGAAGACGGGCUCGAUGGCCAGUGCAUUGAAAACCAGCGUGUCGAUGUCAUCAAGUGUUCGGACGAACAAUUCCGAAACCGAUUCCGUGUAGACCUCAUGGACCCGGAGCGUUUACUCUCACCUGAUAUCCUGGAGCAGGCGACUGAAAUUGCUGGUGACAUCGAGGUACAGAAACAUCUCGAUGAGGAGUGGGAACAACUAUUGAAGGACCGCGCCUUCUUGAGAACCGUGGUAAAGGAAGACGAUGAGAUGAUGCAAUUGCCCAUCAAUAUCCAGCGGAUUUUGGAGUCAGCCAAAACUACUUUCAGGAUUCGUGAUGGCACAAUUAGUGACCUUCAUCCUGCGGAGGUUGUUCCACAAGUCAGGCAACUGCUGGAUCGUUUACUUGUCGUCCGUGGAGACGACCCUCUCUCUCGCGAGGCGCAGGAAAAUGCAACGCUUUUGUUCAAAGCACAGCUCCGUUCUCGCCUUGCAUUCAGGCGCUUGGUUGUAGAAUACUCGCUGAAUAAACUUGCUUUCCAGCAUGUCCUAGGUGCGAUUGAGAGUCGAUUCGGAAAAGCUGCCGCAAACCCUGGUGAGAUGGUUGGUGUGUUGGCCGCUCAGUCGAUUGGUGAACCCGCUACUCAGAUGACUCUCAACACUUUCCAUUUCGCUGGUGUUUCUUCCAAGAACGUUACACUGGGUGUGCCCCGUCUAAAGGAAAUUCUGAACGUGGCAACCAACAUCAAGACACCAUCUAUGACCGUCUACCAGGCGCCAGAAUGCCGUAUGGACAAAGAAUCCGCUAAGCAACUACGCAGCAUUGUGGAACACACCAGUCUGCGAUCAGUAACGGAAUCAACGGAGAUUUACUACGAUCCUGAUAUUCAAUCCACGGUUAUCGAGAACGAUAUCGAUAUGGUCGAGUCAUACUUUAUUAUUCCAGAGGACGUUGCAGAUGACUCAUCACGACAAUCCAAAUGGCUGCUGCGUAUUAUUCUUAGUAGACCAAAGCUUCUGGACAAAGGUCUCACUGUCCAAGACGUUGCCACUAAGAUUAAGGAAGCAUAUCCCCAAGAUAUUGCUGUAAUCUUCAGUGACAACAACGCUGAUGAGCAAGUUGUUCGUAUCCGUCAAAUCCAAGAUCCAAAGCAAGAUGAAGACGACGAUGACACUGAGUAUGACGUUACUCUCAAGAAACUAGAGAGUCACUUGCUCGACACUCUUACUCUGCGUGGUGUGCCGGGGAUCGAGCGUGCAUUUAUUAACGAGAAAUCUCGAACCCGCGUGCUGGAGGAUGGCUCGCUCCAUCAAAGUGCAAGUGACCCAGAAUGCAAGGAGUGGGUGCUAGAAACUAGUGGUUCUGCGCUUGCGGACGUUUUGGCGAUCCCUGGUAUCGAUGCCAGUCGUACGUACUCGAAUCAGUUCGUUGAGAUUCUUGAGGUGUUUGGUAUCGAAGCCACACGAACUGCACUUCUCAGAGAGUUAACUCAGGUGCUUGCGUUCGACGGUUCUUACGUCAACCAUCGACAUUUAGCGUUACUUGUUGAUGUUAUGACUUCCCGAGGUUUUCUUAUGGCUGUAACCCGACAUGGUAUAAAUCGUGCAGACACAGGCGCCUUGAUGAGAUGUUCCUUCGAGGAAACCGUCGAAAUUCUCCUUGAUGCUGCUGCCUUUGCUGAGUUAGACGACUGCCGUGGCGUGUCUGAGAACUUGAUUCUUGGUCAAAUGGCACCUGCAGGAACGGGCGAAUUUGACGUUUAUCUUGAUCAGUCAAUGCUUAUGGGUGUUGUUUCCAACAACGCAGGCUUAGGUGCUGUGGGUGGAGAACACAAGGGAAUGCUCUCUGAUGGUGCCGCUACUCAGUACGACAGCGGUUCACCAAUGCAAGAGAACAUGUAUAUCAGCUCUCCCGAUCCCGAUUCACAGUUCUCUCCCGUCAGGCAAGCCGGAUCGGAGAAUGCUGUCGGUUUCGCUGAUUACCAGCCGCCAAGUUAUGGCGGGUUCAGCCCACACGAGCCGAGAAGUCCAGGCGGCGGUUACUCUCCCAGCAGUCCUUUCAAUACCAGCCCGACUUCCCCUGCGUACUCUCCAUCGUCUGGCUACUCUCCCACUUCACCUGGUAUGAGCAUCACGAGUCCACGAUUCAUCUCAUCUCCCGCCUUCUCCCCAGCAAGCCCGUCAUUUGCGCCAACUUCUCCUGCCUACUCACCGACAUCUCCUGGGUACGGUCAAGCCCAGUCUCCCACGUCGCCUUCCUACUCGCCUACCUCUCCAGGUUUCUCUCCAACGUCUCCCAGCUAUAGCCCUACAUCUCCCAGCUUCAGUCCAGCUUCACCUGUGUUCAGCCCUACGUCGCCAAGCUACAGCCCUACCAGUCCUGCGUUGGGUGGUACUGGCAGGCAUCUCUCGCCUACCUCCCCUACAUCCCCGAAGUACACUCCAACUUCUCCUGGAUGGUCACCUACCAGUCCGGAAGCGUACUCUCCUACAUCUCCGAACUUCUCUGGGUCCCCAACCUCCCCAGGUGGGCCGACGUCUCCGGGCUAUAGCCCGACAUCCCCUACCUUCAACCCAACGUCUCCACGUCAGUAA